GACAUGUAUCAAGGUGUAGCGAUGUCCGCAAACCACGGACCCUCGUCUUACGAGCCCGGUUUCCUUUCAUCUGCGGCCACUUCACCGGUGUACGUUCCCACCACCCGCGUCACUCCGAUGAUUCCAGCGCUGCCGUACCUCCAGACGUCCCAGCAGAGCAGCCCGGUGUCCGAUCACGCGGCGUGGACGCAGCCGGAUACGGUGGCCUCUUACAGCUCUGCCAGUGGGCACCAUCCAUCCCCGGUGUCCAGGUUCACCUUUUCCACGAGUCCCCCGUUGACCUCCGGGGUCGCAGCAACCCGGGAUACAACGACCUACCCGAGCCCGUUAAACAUCUCGUGUAGCGCGCGCGAGCACUACGGCUCGCGAGGACUGAGUGGCUCGUUUCACGGCGCGUACCCGGCGUACGUCAGCCCGAAUAUCGGAGGCUCUUGGGCGGCGUCUCACUUCGACAGCUCCGUGCUGCACAGCCUUCAGACGGGCGGACCGACCAACGCCACGAGACACCCGAAUUUAGAAUUGUUUGAUGAUUUUGCAGAAGGUCGUGAGUGUGUGAAUUGUGGGGCGAUGUCCACCCCACUGUGGCGUCGUGAUGGGACGGGUCAUUAUCUGUGUAACGCCUGUGGACUCUACCACAAAAUGAAUGGAAUAAAUCGGCCUCUCAUUAAACCACAAAGACGAUUGUCUGCUUCCAGACGAGUGGGUUUGUCCUGCACGAACUGUCACACCACCACAACCACACUGUGGAGACGCAACGCUGAGGGAGAGCCCGUCUGCAACGCCUGCGGCCUCUACAUGAAACUCCACGGG